AUGUCACCCUCUGAUCUUUUCAUCCUGACCAUCCUCUUCAUGACCCCAAUGGUUGUCCUAGCUUCUGGUGCCAAAACCCCACAUAUGCCCAAACUCCAGAGCACAGACAAGCCACCGCUAGCUGAGAGCAGUGAAGUAGGUGGAAAUAGAAAGUUUGGACGGAUUGGCAACCCAACCCCAUCCCCUUCCAGCAGUCCAUACACAGAAGAUACUACAGAUCUUAUGAUGGACGCAUACUCUUUGUCCCCAACAAACAGCAGCACGUACCAAAUCGACACAUACCCAAAUGAAUUCCACACAGGUGCAAUAGGCCUGCCCGAAAAAAAUGGAAGCUACUCUCUUGACUACAGUGAAUGCUUCUACAACUUCUGUGAGUGCUGUCCACCAGAAAAAGGCCCCGUGGGGCCUCCUGGAGAAAAAGGAUCACAGGGACUACCUGGAGAAAACGGCCUUCCCGGGCUGCCAGGAGAAAAGGGAGAAAUUGGAUCUCCGGGAUCAGCUGGACUACCUGGAGCAAAGGGACCUAAUGGCAGCAAAGGUGAAAAAGGUGAUCAAGGCCCUAUAAGUCCACCUGGGGCCCCAGGGAUUCCAGGGAAACCUGGAGAAAAAGGUGAUCUGGGUCCCAAAGGAGACAAAGGUGAACAUGGCUUCAGUGGGAUGAAAGGGGACCCAGGAGAAAAAGGACAGUCUGGUUUGAAUGGGACUAAGGGCAGUACUGGGUCCAUGGGCCCUCCAGGGAUAGUUGGAACAAAAGGCCAGAAAGGUGAACAAGGGUUUUCAGGUGAAUGUUUUAUGGGUCAGAAAGGAGAGAAAGGUGACGUGGGUGAUCAUGGGCUCCCUGGUCCACAAGGUGAGAUGGGCCCUCCAGGAGCCAAUGGAACUGAAGGUGCAAAGGGAGAAAAGGGGGCACCAGGAGUGAAGGGGGAUGCCGGUGUGAGAGGACCACCAGGUCUAAGGGGUUUGGCAGGCAUGAGGGGAGAGAAGGGACCAAAAGGUGCACGUGGCCUUCGGGGCCCUAAAGGCUUUCCAGGUGAGAGUUUGGAACAGGCUCAUUCAGCUUUCAGUGUGGGGUUGUUCCCCAGCAAGUCAUUCCCCCCACCUGGCCUGCCUGUGAAGUUUGAUAAGGUGUUUUACAAUGGGGAGGGCCACUGGGACCCGGAGGUUCAUAAGUUCAACGUCUCAUACUCGGGAGUCUACGUUUUCACUUAUCACAUAACUGUGCGCAACCGACCUUUGCGUGCCGCCUUGGUGGUCAACGGGAUACGGAAGGCGAGGACACGAGAUUCGCUUUACGGCCAGGACAUCGAUCAGGCGUCCAACUUUGUGCUGCUGCAGCUGAGUGAGGGGGACCAGGUGUGGCUGGAGACACUGAGGGACUGGAACGGAGUUUAUUCCAGCAGCGAGGAUGACAGCACUUUCUCUGGCUUCCUGCUAUAUCCAGACCCAAAGACAAAAGCUGAAGUUUUGAAAAGACGUGUAAAUGUCUCUGCUACUUAA